GGUAAGAAGAGUAAGGAACAGAAUAACUGAUGACAUCAGAGCUACAAUAGUGGACCAUGUCAUCAACCAUGGGAUGACCCUGAGGGAAGCUGGCCAACGGGUUCAGCCUAAACUGAGCCACUACACUGUGGCAGGCAUCAUUAGGACAUUUCGAAAUGAGAAUCGGUAAGUACUUUGUAGCACUGCCAUACUCUAAUGAGAAACACAACAGUACCAUACAUGCAAAAAUGCUGAAAUUGUUACUUUACAGAAUUGCUAGACGUCCAGAUGUUGGGGGCAGAGGCAGAAUGUUCACUCCAGAGCAAGAGACCCAUAUAGUGAACAUGGUGAUUGCCAAUAAUGCAAUAAGACUGCGCGAAAUACAGCAGCGCAUAAUUGAUAAUGACACCAUCUUUCAAAAUAUACACAGUGCAAGCAUUUCUGCACUAAGUCGUGUACUUGCGCGCCACAGAAUAAGAAUGAAGCAAAUUUACAGAGUUCCUUUCGAGAGAAACACAGAACGUGUAAAGCAACUGCGAUAUGACUAUGUGCAGAGAGUGAUGGAACUAGAAGCAGAUGCAAUGGGACAUGAGCUACUUUUUGUGGAUGAGGCCGGUUUUAACCUCAGUAAAACCAGGAGACGUGGCAGGAACAUUAUUGGACACCGUGCCAUCAUCAAUGUCCCAGGACAACGUGGUGGUAACAUAACCAUGUGUGCAGCUAUAAGCCAAAAUGGUGUUGUUCACCAUCAUGCAACCAUAGGCCCAUACAACACUGCACACAUUAUUGCAUUCCUGGACACCAUGCACGACAUGCUCACUGUUCAGAGACCAGAGCAGACCCGAUAUGUCAUCAUAUGGGACAAUGUUAGUUUCCAUAGGCCUGCUUUGGUCCACAACUGGUUUACAGACCACCCAUCCUUCAUGGCACUCAACCUCCCUCCAUACUCUCCAUUCUUAAAUCCCAUCGAGGAGUUCUUCUCUGCCUGGCGCUGGAAAGUGUACGACCGUCAUUCUCAUCAACAGGUAGCCCUUUUACAGGCAAUGGAGGAGGCAUGUGGAGAUAUUGACCAGGCAUCAUGUCAGGCCUGGAUACGGCAUUCAAGGAGAUAUUUUCCCCGGUGCCUUGGACUGGAGGAUAUCGCAUGCGAUGUGGACGAAAUUUUGUGGCCGGACCCAGAAAGACGACAUGAUGUAGGCUGAUUGUCUUUUUUUCCCCCUUUUUUUGUGAAAUUCCUAUUUUGUGUUCUGACUUUGUCUUGGUUUUGAUGAGUGUGAAUAAACACCAAUACUUGAAGUUUGGAUCCUUGUGUGUUUACAUGACACUAUGACAAAAGUGUGACCUCAAAUUGACAUCUGUACACAGAGAAUGCAAAAGCCAGAUGUGUUUUGUAUUCAUACCAUCAGUGUGCAGUUGGCGCAUUGUGUGCUUAGUAGAUGAUGGCUUGUGUGUACUGUUUGAUACGAAAACACCAUUUUUACGAAGGUGUG